AUGUCCGAGGGCGCACCCCCGGCCGACGCCCCCGCCGCCGAGGGCGAGGGCGAAGCCCCCAAGCCGAAGCUCAGCGGAUUGGCGCGAUUCAAGAAGGCGGUCGGGGGCGUGAAGGCGGCCAACGCGUUCACACCCGGCGGCCUUUCCAAGCUCCCGAAGAAGGAGCCGAGCCCCACGCCGAGUGCCGCGCCGAGCGAAGCCGGCGACGCGCCGAAGAAGAACCCCCUCGCCAAGCUCAAGAGCGCGGUGACCAAGAUCAGCGCGGCGAGCGCGUUCGCCAAGGCGGCGCCGAACAUGGCGAAGAAGCCGCCGUCCGCGGCGCCCUCUCGCGCGGGAUCCGUGAUGAACGAACCCCCACCGAGCGUCGCAUCGCUCGGAGCGUUCAAGAAGCCGACGUCGUCCAAGCCUCCGUCGCGCGCGGUGUCCGUCAUGGGCGACGAGAACGACGACCCGGCCAAGACGAUUGGCAAAUCCGUCAAGGGAUCGUCCCGGGCGACCACCCCCGGGGGGAAGGACGGAACCGCCGCGGGGUCCCGCCCCGUCUCUCCCGCGAAGAGCGUCAAGAGCGGCGUGACCAAGCCGCCGGACCAACCGCACGACUUACCCGAGGUCCGAGGCGCGCCGCCCCCGCCCAUGGACGCCAUAAACGCGCGCAUCGCCGCGCUCGAAGAUCUCGCCAGGCACUCCCUCGGCGCCGCAGCCGUCGACGGCGCCGACGGGUUGGCACACCUCGGAGCAGGCACCGGAAAUGGCGGGAUCCCGUACAAGAACUACUCCGAGCAGAGGCGCAUGAGGGAGGAGCUCGAGGACAUGCGGUACAGGAUGAGGAACAUGGAGGAAUUCGGCGCCCCGGCACAGGCAACGAUGAGGGAACCGAGAGAAACCGCCGCGGAACGAGCCGAGCGAGCCGAGCGAGCCGAACGAGCGGAACGCGCCGAACGCGCCGAUCGAUUGAUGAUGAUGAUGAUGGGCUCGAUGAGCGGCACGAUGAGCAGACACGCGGGAGCGCUCGCGGCGAACGCGACGGACCCGCGCGGACCGGCCCAACCGCUUCAACCGCCGCACUACGGCGAGAGUCCGUCGGUGAUGCACGCGCUAGAGGAGGCCAGAGCCGCGGCGGCGGCGGCGAUGACCGCCGCGGACCAGGCGCGACACCAGGUGGCACGGGAGAGGCGCGAGCGGCAGGCGGUCGAAGACGAGCUCACGGAUAUAAGGGACGCGCUGGCGGAGGAGCAGAGGCGACGCGAGCGCGCGGAGCACGCCGCGGCUGUCUCAUUCGACGACGCCGAAUACGCCAGGGAACUUUUGCACGAACACGCCGUAGCUUCGGCUUCGGCGAAAGUACAAUCGGUUCGACCGAACGGUGAAGGCCCGAACGUCGUCGGUGGAGGAAGCGGUGCGACCGCGCCGCGCGACCCACCCUCGGGGGUGGCGAGUGCGGCGCAGGCGACGCUCCAGGCGGCGGCGGAGGCGGCGAGUCUGCUGGAGGAGCUCAAGGGCGGGCUUCGCGCGACGCUGGAGCAGCAGAGGCACCUGCAGCAGGCGCAGCGGGAGGUGGCGGCGGCCAUGCCGCAGGCGCCGCCGCGGGUCGCGCCGGCGCGACCGGCGUCGCCCGUCGAGCGCUUCCAGUCAAAGCCGUCGGCGGUGCCGCCGUCUCGGGGACCCGGCCGGGUCCCGCGACCGUCGUCCGCACAGCUGGCGUCGCCGGGUAUGCCCUCCGGGCAUACCUACUACCGCGACUUUGGCGUCGUCCCGUCCGCGAGCAAACACACCCCGGGGCUUCGCAGGGCCAAAGACCACGUCACGCUUCGGGACGACGGCGUCGGUACCCACGGCGCUGCCUUCUCCGUCGCCCCCGAGCACGUGACGCACAACGCGCUCGAGGCGGCUCGUCGCGAGUACGCCGCGGAUAAGCGGAUGGCGCUGGAGCGUCGACGGCAGCGGAUGAUGAUGGACGAGUACGGGCAGCUGGCGCACUGA